CGGGCGCGGGGCCGGCUCCGCUCCGGGGUCGGGCCCCAGACCCUCCCCUGGCCUGGCCACGAGCGCGCCCCGGCAGCUGAAAGCGCAGCCCCCCGCUCGCUUCGCCCUCCGUCUCUUUUCUUUCCAACCAGCGAAAAAUAAACAGCCGGGAAGAAAUCGGCUGGCAUUGUGGGACCGGCUUCGCUUCGGGGCCGCCGAACGCCAACUUGCUUCGUUUGUUCUGGGAAGAUCUGGGGCAGGUGGCGGCCCCGUGACCUACCGUCAUGGAUGGAGACGGACUUUUGGAUGAAGAAACCCAAACAGUCCGUGCUGUUCCCGGGCGAUUUAGCUGUCAAAGGUUUUGACAAAACCUACCGUCUUCCCUUUGGGGAAUCCGAAUGAGGGAGCUUACAGACACCUUCACUGGGAAGCCAAGGACAUUCCUGUAUAAUCAGCGGAUGAAAGGAUUUUCUCAGACUCUUUUUUCCCUUUUCCUCGAGGAUUAGUUCACUGCAAUCUACAAUUCCAGUGGAAACCGCUAAGGCACAGGAUGUGACAGAAGCCUAGAGGGCCUUCAGAAUUGUUCUGGACCCUUCCUUUAGCAUAGAGUAGUUUAACACAAGCCACUGGCCGCCCUUCCCCCCUGCCCCCCAUCUUGCCGAUGAUCUCUUCUCUUUAACCUCUUCUCAUUUUUUGAGUUAAGUUCUGUUUCCAAAACUGCCCUCUGGAGCUAUAAGUGGAUUGCCAGAAAUGAGAGAUUAAGUGCGGAGAGAAGAGGAAGCGUCCUGUGUGGUGUCUCUUCUCCACUGCCGACAUGAAGUGCUUUUUUCCAGUGCUCAGUUGUCUGGCUGUGCUGGGUGUAGUGCUGGCACAGCGGCAUGUUGCCGUCCAGGAAGGACCCCUGUACCGCACGGAGGGCUCCCACAUCACCAUCUGGUGCAACGUGAGUGGCUACCAGGGGCCUUCUGAGCAGAAUUUCCAGUGGUCCAUUUACCUGCCGUCCGCCCCAGAGCGCGAGGUCCAGAUCGUCAGCACCGUGGACUCUUCCUUCCCUUAUGCCAUCUAUACCCAGCGCGUCCGUGGGGGGAAGAUCUACGUGGAGAGGGUCCAGGGGAACUCGGCCUUGUUGCACAUCACCGAUCUCCAGGCCCGGGAUGCCGGGGAGUAUGAGUGCCACACACCCAACACGGAUGAGCGGUACUUUGGGAGUUACAGUGCCAAGAUGAACCUAGUAGUGAUCCCUGACACUCUGCAGACCACGGCCAUACCGCAGACUCUGCACAAAGUGGAGCAGGACCCUCUGGAGCUGAGCUGUGAGGUGGCCACGGAGACGUUCCAGCACAGCCACCUGUCUGUGGCCUGGCUCCGGCAGAGAGGGGGCGAGAAGCCCGUGGAGGUGAUUUCCCUGAGCCGAGAUUUCGUGCUUCACGCCAGCAGCGAAUAUGCGCAGAGGCAGAGUCUGGGGGAGGUACGGCUGGACAAGCUGGGGAGCACCACCUUCCGCCUCACCGUCUUCCACCUGCGGCCCUCCGACCAGGGCGAGUUCUACUGUGAGGCUGCCGAGUGGAUCCAGGAUCCGGAUGGCUCGUGGUAUGCCAUGACCCGAAAGCGUUCCGAGGGAACCGUGGUCAACGUCCAGCCCACUGACAAAGAGUUCACCGUGCGGCUGGAAACGGAGAAGCGGCUGUACACGGUGGGUGAACCGGUGGAGUUCAGAUGCAUCCUGGAGGCUCAGAACGUUCCCGACCGUUACUUUGCCGUCUCCUGGGCCUUCAACAGCUCACUCAUUGCCAGCAUGGGGCCCAACGCAGUGCCGGUCCUCAACAGUGAAUUUGCCCAUCGGGAAGCCAGGGGCCAGCUGAAAGUGGCCAAAGAGAGCGACAGUGUCUUUGUGCUGAAGAUCUAUCACCUCCGCCAGGAUGACAGCGGGAAAUACAACUGUCGUGUGACAGAGAGAGAGAAAACGGUCACCGGGGAAUUCAUCGACAAGGAGAGCAAGCGGCCCAAGAACAUCCCCAUCAUCGUCCUCCCCAUCACAGAUAACUGGGUAGUUAAAGUCCCUCAGCACCACCAGAUCCUGCCCCAAGGCCACUUGGAGAGCAGCAUCUCCGUGGAGGUGGCCAGCAACGCCAGCGUCAUCCUUGAGGGUGAGCACCUGCACUUCUCCUGCAGCGUCCGCACGGCGGGCAGGCCGCAGGGCCGCUUCUCGGUCAUCUGGCAGCUCGUGGACCGGCAGAACCGCCGCAGCAACAUCAUGUGGCUGGACCGGGACGGCACCGUGCAGCCAGGCGCGUCCUACUGGGAGCGCAGCAGCUUCGGGGGCGUCCAGAUGGAGCAGGUGCAGCCCAACUCGUUCAGCCUGGGCAUCUUCAACAGCAGGAAGGAGGACGAGGGCCAGUACGAGUGCCACGUGACCGAGUGGGUACGGGCAGUGGACGGCGAGUGGCAGAUCGUGGGGGAGCGCCGGGCCAGCACCCCCAUCUCCAUCACGGCUCUCGAAAUGGGCUUCGCGGUCACAGCCAUCUCGCGCACGCCAGGCGUGACCUACAGCGACUCCUUUGACCUGCAGUGCAUCAUCAAACCCCAUUACCCGGCCCGGGUCCCCGUGUCCGUGACCUGGAGGUUCCAGCCAGUUGGCACCAUCGAGUUUCACGACCUGGUGACCUUCACCCGGGACGGGGGGGUCCAGUGGGGGGACAGGUCCUCCAGCUUCCGGACCCGAACGGCCAUCGAGAAGGCCGAGUCCAGCAACAACGUGCGCCUGAGCAUCAGCCGGGCCAGCGACACAGAGGCGGGCAAGUACCAGUGCGUGGCUGAGCUGUGGCGGAAGAACUACAACAACUCCUGGACGCGGCUGGCGGAGCGGACCUCCAACCUGCUGGAGAUCAGGGUGCUGCAGCCAGUGACAAAGCUGCAGGUGAGCAAGUCGAAGAGGACCCUCACUCUGGUGGAAAACAGGCCCAUCCAGCUGAACUGCUCGGUUAAGUCUCAGACCAGCUCGAACUCCCACUUUGCCGUGCUCUGGUACGUGCAUAAGCCCUCGGAUGCCGACGGGAAGCUCAUCCUGAAAACCACCCACAGCUCCGCCUUCGAGUACGGCACCUAUGCCGAGGAGGAGGGCCUGAGGCCCCGGCUGCAGUUCGAGAGGCACGUGUCCGGGGGCUUGUUCAGCCUCACCGUGCAGAGGGCCGAGGUCAGUGACAGUGGCAGCUACUACUGCCACGUGGAGGAGUGGCUGCUGAGCCCCAACUAUGCCUGGUACAAGCUGGCCGAGGAGGUUUCGGGGCGCACAGAAGUCACUGUGAAGCGGCCAGACAGCCGCCUGAAGCUCAGCCAAGCGCAGGGGAAUCUGUCGGUCCUGGAGACGCAACAGGUGCAGCUGGAGUGUGUGGUGCUGAACCGCACCAGCGCUGCGUCCCAGCUCGUGGUCGAGUGGUUUGUGUGGAAGCCCAACCACCCGGAGCGGGAGACUGUGGCCCGCCUGAGCCGCGAGGCCACCUUCCACUAUGGAGAGCAGGCGGCCAAAAACAACCUGAAGGGGCGGCUGCAUCUGGAGAGUCCUUCGUCCGGCGUGUAUCGGCUGUUCAUCCAGAACGUGGCGGUGCAGGACAGCGGGACCUACAGCUGCCGCGUGGAGGAGUGGCUCCCCAGCCCCAGCGGCGUGUGGUAUAAGCGGGCAGAGGACACUGCCGGGCAGAUGGCUGUUACUGUCAUGCGGCCAGACGCCGCCCUACAGGUGGAUACGGUGGUCCCCAAUGCCACGGUGUCCGAGAAGGCAGCUUUCCAGCUGGACUGUAGCAUCGUUUCUCGAUCAAGUCAGGACUCCCGCUUUGCCGUGGCCUGGUACUCUCUGAGGACUAAAGCUGGAGGGGAAAGGGGAGGCCCUGGCCUGGGAGAACAGGAGGAGGAGGAGGAGGGGGAUGAGGAGGAAGAAGAGGACCUCACAGAGCGGACGGCCCUGCUGAGCGUGGGCCCGGAUGCUGUCUUUGGCCCAGAAGGCAGCCCGUGGGAGGGCCGGCUUCGCUUCCAGAGGCUCUCCCCCUUGCUCUACCGGCUCACCGUGCUGCAGGCCAGCCCCCAGGACACGGGGAACUACUCGUGCCGCGUGGAGGAGUGGUUGCCCGGCCCCCAGAAGGAAUGGUACCGGCUGACGGAGGAGGAGUCGGCCCCCAUCGGCAUCCGUGUUCUGGACACAAGUUCCACCCUGCAGUCCAUCAUCUGCUCCAACGACGCACUCUUCUACUUUGUCUUCUUCUACCCCUUCCCCAUCUUCGGCAUCCUCAUCAUCACCAUCCUGCUGGUGCGCUUCAAGAGCCGUAACUCCAGCAAGAGCUCCGACGGGAAGAAUGGGGUGCCCCUGUUGUGGAUCAAAGAACCACACCUCAACUACUCCCCCACAUGCCUGGAGCCCCCUGUGCUCAGUAUCCACCCAGGAGCCAUAGACUAAGGGGGACCGCAGCGGCCCUCAGCCGCGGAGGAGCUGACAGUCUCCCUUCCUGCCUCUUGCUCUGUGAUCGGACGGCGGGCAGACGGCGCUGCAACUCUUGGAGUGCUCUCCUGGCAGCCAACAGUCAGACUUGAGCAACAUUCCAAGUCCCGGAUCCGGCACAGAGACAGACCGCCUCUAGGUGGCAGUCGUGGUCGGUUAGCUGUUUUGGAGCAGAUGUCCUUAUCCUGCAGAAUUAGGCUUCUUGUUUUUGUUUUUGGUAAUGUAGUGAGUAGCUCCAGAUGCCACAUCUACUCACUGAUUUAUAUCGUAUUCUCAGAUAGAUGUUACAGGGGUUCUUAUUCUUUGUAAGGGACUGUUUUUAAAUCCCUCUGGUUUACCCUUCUUGGGUUCCGUAACGUAGCGGACGAAUUUCUCGUAACAUACCACCGAUGGCCAAAGGGAGGACGGACUUUUUGGUGCAAAGGAAUCUCUUCCAGGACUCUUUGUUUCUGCAUACUUGAAAAUACUACUCACGGAUCAGAAACAUGCCCAAACGUUUUUUACUUUCUUAACGAGACUUGAAAAUUAUGUGUCAUGCGGGCCCAAUUUGUAUCUUAUCUUUUCCCUCAGCUGGAGUUGUUGGAACCACUUUGUAGUCAAGAUGAAAGCAUUGAAUUUUGCUUCAAAGAACUGUGUACGUACGGGAGGAAUCCUGCAUAACCCCAUUAGAGUAGACGAUGCCCGACCGGACUGUCAGGGAAGCAAAAGUAGGCUUCGUUCCAACCUUGCCAAAAAAUUAUAUAUUAAAAAAAAAAAAAAAAACCCACAACUUUGUUGGAGAACAAGUCGAAAGCCCCAAACAGCACACGCUUUGCUGGCUAACCUGGACAGAAGGCUGCAUUUAGCAGCCACUGACUUUCAGAUUGAUCAAAGCCAGUGAUUAGUGAAGGAAGGAAACAAGGCUAGUUGUUGGCUUGAUCUGUUUCGCAGGAGCGGCCUCGAACUGGUAACUGUGCGCGGGUGGGCUUCUAUUUUAAGGUGCUUUGCCACACUCUUAAAGGAAAGUGGCCAGUGAGCCUGAAAAGGGAGCCGUGCUGAACUGAACACACAGGGCCCAAGCAGCCACCGUAUGCACCCUACACCGGAGGGCACGGGGCCCAGCAGACCGCUGAGUUCCUCCAGGAGUCGGUGGUGGGAGGGCGGUGGUUUCCAGAGCCUGGAAGUUGGAGACCAGGGGAGAGAUCACCACCACCCUGGAGAUACGAAGACUAGGUUUUUCUUCUUCCUUCCAACUAGAUUUCCCUCCAAGGUAACGGUGUCUUUCUCAUUCACCAUUUCUCUCUCCAUGUGUCUCACUGCCGUAAGAGUAUCUGCCUAGGAGAGGUCCAGACACAGCCCGUCUGUAACCCUUGCAGACCACCUAGUCUCGGCUUAGAGUCACCUCAUGCCGGUGCAGGGUUUUGCCCUUCCCCUUCUUAGAUCUUGUUUGUGGUCUUAGGUGAUUUGGUUGUUCACAGUUACGGUGGCUUUUUAUUCGAAUGCCCAUUAGAGCCCAACAAGGCCCCAGUCGCCCUGUUCGUUCACACUAUGGAGCAGGGUGCUUAGCACCCGCCCCCCCCCCCCCCCCCCCCCCGCUCCUGUGCCCUUUUGCUCACCCCAGGGGAGAAGCAUGCCCUGACUUUCCUAUAUUUUGCUGGCCAAGAGCGCCAUCCCCUUUCCUUCGGGAACUUGCAUCUUGAACCCCAAGGGUACACCCUGCUUAGAAAAAGCCACCGGGGACUCCGGAGCAAAGUCUGAGCAGAGAGAGGGAUUGUUGUCUGUCCUGAGAUGCAGCAGACUCCACGAGAGGCCGUGUGGGUGCCCAUCCGCAUCAGGGUCUUUGGGUGCGCAGGUGGUGGCCUGGGUUUUCAGCAGACGCCUUGCUGUGCCGCAGCCCAGGGGAAGCAAGGUGACGGACAGGCUUAUGUAGUAAACCGGUCUCCUCUUCUUCCCCGCACACCAGUACUGUCCUCUGAGACCCUGUGUAGGCACCACACCUUAAUCCCUAACAUGCUCAUUUCCAUGUAUUAUGUAUGCUGUAGCAACGCUUUGGGGCUACAGUCAGGCUCAGGGGGGAGGGAAGGAGGCAGUCCUUUGCCCCAUUUCUUCAUUACAGGCGCGUGGGCUUUCUGUGGGAAAUCGGCCCCUGCCUUGUAGCCUGAGUGCUUGAAGGAAGAUGCCCGGCUUUCCUCUGUGUGAAGGGAAAGAUGCCAGAGGUCUGGGACUGGCUUUGUAACUACUAAGAGCCCAGCUUGCCCACAGGUAUAGAAAAGUAGGUGAUGCACGCAAUUAAAGAUGUGGAGCGGUUACAGGAAAUUUGAAAGGAAGAAAAGAAACCGAAGCCAGUAUUUUAGUAAUUUUUUUUUCCCGUGUGUAUUUUCUGUUGGGCUGGGGGAUACCAUCAAAGGGUGAGCUUUUCAGCUUUCUGUGAAGAUCCCCAGGACCUUGUUUGGCCAUUUCUAUGGAAAUGUGGUGUCAGAUGAGCGGUAAUGGUGCCCUCCAGUGGCUGGGAGACCUCAUUGCACAUGGCCUGCCGGAGCUCGGGGCAUUGGACCAGGAGAGGAAAAAUUGCCAACUGGUUCUCUGGACGUAUUUACCUACGGCUACAAUGUUGCAUUAAUGAAAAACUACACUGUGCUAGGCCCAUUCCGGACACGGAUACGACCCGCACCCUCUUUCAUCAGGGUGUUUCUGUAGCAGGUUUUCAUAUUCUUUUCAAACAAUGGUUUCUCUGCGUUUAUUGUUGAAAAAAACAGGUGGGGUAAGAAAACUACCCAUGCAUGAUGUAGAGAGCUGUUGAUUUGUUUUUGUUUGUUUGUUUUUUUAAAGGAAAACUAUUUGUAAAAUGUUGCACUAAAAUGUUUUAUAUACACUUCAGAGACCUGUAGUAAAUUAUGUUGAAAAUA